AUGGCAAUACAUUCAUCUCCAUCUUCCUCUUUUUCCAAUGAUUUAACCUUUGACGUGUUCAUUAGUUUCAGAGGCACGGACACUCGAUACGGUUUCACCGGUAAUCUCUAUAAAGCUCUUUAUGACAAUGGAAUCCGAACUUUCAUAGAUGACAAAGACCUUAAGAGAGGUGACGAAAUCACACCAUCACUCCUCCAUAACAUUGAAAACUCGAGGAUUGCUAUUAUUGUUUUCUCUGAAAACUAUGCUACUUCUUCAUUUUGUCUGGAUGAACUUGUCCACAUCAUUCACUACUUUAAAACAAAGCGCCGCCUUGUACUUCCAGUUUUCUAUGGCGUGGAUCCUACUCACGUGCGGCAUCAAAAUGAGAGUUAUGGUAAAGCACUUGCUGAACAUGAAGAAAGGUUCCAAAAUAACAUGGAAAACAUGAAGAGAUUGCAGGAUUGGAAGAUGGCUCUUACCUAUGCAGCUAACUUGUCUGGAUACCAUUACAAUCCUGGGAAAGAAGAAUAUGAAUACAUGUAUAUAAAUAAGAUAGUUACAGAGAUUUCCAAGAAUAUCAAUCAAGUUCUUCUACAUGUUGCUGAUUACCCUGUUGGGCUUGAGCCUCGAAUGCUGAAAGUAGCGUCGCUUCUGAACGUUGACUGUGAUAAUGAAGUAUGUCUGAUUGGGAUAUGUGGAAGCGGAGGAUUGGGUAAAACAACUCUUACUCAUGCAAUUUAUAAUUUGAUUUCCACUCAAUUUGAAGGUUUGUGUUUCCUUCACAAUGUGAGAGAAAAUUCAAUUAAAUAUGGCUUAGAAUAUCUCCAAGAGCAGCUCCUCUCCAAAUCAAUCGGAUUGAAAAUUAAGUUAGGGCAUGUCAGCGAAGGAAUUGGAAUCAUAAAACAAAGGCUGCAGCAAAAGAAGGUUUUGUUGAUUCUCGAUGAUGUUGACAAACUAAAGCAAUUGCAGGUUUUGGUCGGAGAGCCUAGUUGGCUCGGACCUGGAAGCAGAGUCAUAGUUACCACUAGAGACAAAAAUUUGCUAUCUUGUCAUGGGAUUAAAAGAAUAUAUGAACUGGAUGCUUUAAAUGAGGAAGAAGCUCUUGAAUUGUUUAAGUGGAUGGCUUUUAAAAGUGACAAAAUUGAUCCAUGUUAUGAUUAUAUUUUAAAGCGUGUAGUUAGAUAUGCUUCUGGCCUUCCAUUAGCUUUAGAAGUAGUGGGUUCCAGUUUGUUUGGAAAACAUAUAGGAGAAUGGGAAUUUGCAUUGGAUAAGUAUGAAAGGAUUCCUCAUGAAGAUAUCCAAAAGAUACUUAAAGUCAGCUUUGAUGCUUUGGACGAAGAACAACAAAGUGUCUUUUUGGAUAUUGCUUGUUGCUUCAAAGAGUCUAGAUUGGCAGAAGUGGAAGAGAUACUUCAUGGUCAUUAUGGUCAUUGCAUAAAAAGCCACCUUCAAGUGUUGGUUGAUAAAUCUCUCAUAAAGAUUAGUCAGCGCCAUUGGAACUAUAUGGAUAAAGUGACAUUACAUGACUUAAUAGAGGAUAUGGGUAAAGAAAUUGUCCGACAAGAAUCUCCCAAAGAGCCUGGAAAACGGAGUAGGUUGUGGCUUCAUGAAGAUAUAGUUCAUGUUUUAAAAGAAAAUACGGGAACUAGGAAAAUUGAAAUCUUACAUUUGAACUCCUGUUCAACCGAAGCAAUAGUAGAUUGGAAUGAAAAGGCAUUCACAAAGAUGAAAAAUCUUAAAACACUUAUCAUUGAAAAUGUUCAUUUUUCUAAAGGUGAAAGAUAUCUUCCUACUAGUUUGAGAGUAUUAAAAUGGAACAGAUGUCCUUUGCAGUCUCUAUCAUCUAGUUUUUGGAACAAGAAGUUCGACAAUAUGAGAGUUUUGACAUUUAACAAUUGUAAAUAUUUAACUGAUAUACCCAAUGUCUCGUGUCUUCCAAAUUUAGAAAAUUUCUCGUUUCAAAAAUGUCACAAUCUAGUUACAAUUCACAAUUCCAUUGGGUACCUAAAUAAACUUGAAAUCUUAAAUGCAAAAGAAUGCAUAAAGAUUGAGAGUUUUCCACCCUUACGGUUGACCUCUCUUAAGAAAUUGGAACUCUCUCUUUGUAAGAAACUCAAGACUUUUCCAGAAUUAUUAGGCAAGAUGACAAAUAUAAAAGAGAUUUUGUUGGCUGGAACUUCCAUAAAAGAAUUGCCAUUUUCAUUUCAAAAUCUCAGCGAACUUCGUGAAUUAACAAUAUGGGAAACUGGAAUGCUCUGGCUUUCAAGUAACAGUUUUAUAAUGUCAAGAUUAUCAAAGAUUACUGGAGAGGGUAGUCGUCUAUUAUUUCCAAAACAUAAUGGUAAAAUGAGGUCCAUAGUGUUUUCAAAUGUGGAGCAUCUUAAUAUAAAAAAUAACAACCUCUCAGAUGAAUGUCUUCCAAUAAUGUUCACAUGGUUUCCUAAUGUGAAAUACCUAUUCUUAUCUGGUAACAAUUUCACAAUUCUUCCGGAGUGCCUUAAUGAAUGUCACAGUAUUAGGAUCUUUGAAUUGGAUGGCUGCACGGCACUUGAAGAAAUUAGAGGGAUUCCGCCGAAUCUAAAAAAGUUUUAUGCAAUAAAAUGUAAAUCACUGAUUUCCUCUUCUAGAAGAAUGUUAUUAAGCCAGAAACUACAUGAGGCUGGAUGCACCGAGAUUUGUUUGCCAAUUGAAUGUGAUAUGAGUCAUAUGGUUCCAUUUUGGUUCGAGCAUCAAGCCCAGGGACAGACAAUUUCUUUCUGGUUUCGUAAAAGAAUCCCUUCCAUUGUUGUCUUCUAUCAUCCUGAAUCAUUUGUACUUAUUAAGAGUGGUGAUAACACUGCAUUAAAAGUCAAGUUGUCCGUCAAUAACUAUCAACAUACUCUUCCCGAAGAUGUUUUAUUCGUCUCUCACUAUCACAAGAUGCGAUUUGGUCAUAUAUUUCUGUUUGAUUUGGAAUUGGAAGAACUAGUUAAACGCUAUCACAGCUAUGGGAAACUCAUGACUAAACUGGACGAAGCACUUUUAAAAAAUGAAUGGAUCCAUGCGGAGCUUAAGUUUGAAAGUUCUUCGCGUUUCAGAUCUUGUCAGGAUGUGAAAAUCGAAUUAUCAAGCAGAGCAGAAAUUGGAAUACACGUGUUAAAGGAGAAAAGAAGCAGGGAGGAGGAUGUCAUAUUUACCAAUCCUUACAGAAAGAGAAAAUCAGACGAAUAUCUCAAUCCUUCUUUAUCACAAUUUCACCUUCCGCUGGAAAAGCAUCUAGUGGACAUGGGAAUUUCAGAAACACAAAUGUUGCAGCAAAAACGUAUAGCUUUAUUGUCAUCCAUGUGGAACUCGGUUCCUACUGAAACAAAAGGAAAGGAACACAAGGGCUAG